AUGGAUAUUUUGGUCGAAGAUCAGAGCGCUAGUGGUAGCCCGAGCCUGAAGCAGCCUGGGGCAAAGAAGCGGGAGGAAAAGGAGUCGGUGACACGCUCUGAGUGGCCGCUGGACUGGAGCUGCCCAGGAGAGGAAAAGUUGGCAGUGUCAGGAGUUGGACAAGUCGUCACUCGACUAGUUGGCGAUAGUAAGAAUAGGAGUGGUACGGCGGGAUGGAGGAGAAGACAAAAAGUGAGGCGCCCAAACGGAUCGCGCGCCCGCACCUCCGACCAGCGACUGCAGAUGCUGACCUGCCAUGCUCAGUCAUCUGGGACACUCUCAGACUCUUGCCAGUUUGAUCUCGCGGCCUCUCGUGCCCGUUUAUUCGACAACGUCUUUCCGUUGCCUUUCAGGUUGUGGGCUCUUCCUCGUGCUCAGCCAUGGGGGCGCGCGUACUGCGGUUCUGCGCUGUGGCCUCUUGCAGUGAUUAAAAUCCAAGGAUUUCCUGCCACUCGGGACGGUUUCAAGUCUCCCCCUCGACUCUCCGGGUGCCACGUUGUUCUGGGCUACACCCGUUCGGGUUUCUUUCCCUCCAUCACCCUGAACCUGAACCUGCGCCCAACGACUGCUUGA